GGACGUGGGCGAGAACCCGUACCCGCACAAGUUUCAGGUCUCCAUGUCCAUCCCGCAGUUUGUGGAAGAGUACGCGGAUGCCGUGCAGCCGGGGGAGCAGAAGGAGGAGACGGUUAUGUCGCUGGCCGGGAGGCUGUACUCCAAGCGCGCUGCGGCUACACGGCUCGUGUUUUAUGAUCUCAGAGGGGAGGGGGUCAAGGUCCAGAUCGUUGCUGAUGCUAGGAAUGGGGGGGACUCGUUUUUGAAGGAUCACGCGGGGCUGAGGAGGGGGGAUAUCGUUGGGGUGAAGGGCUGUCCCGGAAAGUCGAGGAAGGGCGAGUUUAGCAUUUUUGCGCAUGAGAUUACCUUGCUGUCUUCCUGCUUGCACAUGCUGCCCAAGCUGGAACAGGGGCUUGCUGAUUCCGAAGUCAGGUUCAGACAGAGGUAUUUGGACUUGAUUGUCAACCAGGACAAGAGAGACAUUUUUGUGAGGCGGAGUAAGAUUAUCAAGUUUGUUCGGUCGUUUUUGGAUGAUCGCGGCUUUUUGGAAGUCGAGACCCCCAUGAUGAGCGCUAUACCGGGCGGGGCCACGGCCAAGCCGUUCAAGACCUAUCAUGAGGACCUGAAGACCACCAUGUAUAUGCGCGUGGCGCCGGAGCUGUACUUGAAGAUGCUCGUCAUUGGUGGGCUGGACCGCGUGUAUGAGAUCGGGAGAAACUUUAGGAACGAAUCCAUCGAUCUCACGCACAACCCCGAGUUUACCGCGUGCGAGUUUUAUGCGGCGUAUCUCGACUAUUCUGACCUCAUGAGAAUCACCGAGGAGAUGCUUUCCAGCCUGGUCAUGAAAGUGAAUGGGAAGUACAAGGUGACGUAUCACCCGGACGGCAAGGACGGGCGGGCCGUUGAGAUGGAUUUCGCGCCACCCUUCAAGCGGAUUUCCAUGGUCUCCGGGCUGGAGGAGCGACUGCGCACGGUGCUGAACGAUGCUGAGUUUACAAUGCCGACAGAUAUGGAAGCCGAAUCGACACGCAAGGUGCUCGACGACCUGCACGUGCAGCUGAGCAUCGAAUGCCAAGAGCCGCGCACGACGGCGCGGUUACUGGACAGCCUGGUCGGGGAGUACAUCGAGCCGGAGUGCAUCAACCCGACGUUCAUCUGCGACCACCCGCAGAUCAUGUCGCCGCUGGCCAAGUGGCACCGGUCGCUGCCCGGCAUGACAGAGCGGUUCGAGCUGUUUGCCAACGGCAAGGAGCUGUGCAACGCGUACACGGAGCUGAACGACCCCGAAGUGCAGCGCGAGCAGUUCAGGGCGACGCAGAAGGACGUGUCGUGCGGCGACGAGGAAGCGAUGGUGCACGACGAGGACUUCUGCGUCUCGCUCGAGUAUGGCCUACCGCCGACGGCAGGGUGGGGGCUUGGCGUGGACCGACUCACUAUGAUGCUCACGGACAACUACUCUAUCAAGGAGGUGCUCCUCUUCCCGGCCAUGAAGCCUAAGAACGAUAUCGAUCAGGACUAGACAUCAGGGGGGCUGGUGUGUUUUAGAGAGGUAGGACACACGAUAAAGCCACUAACAUUUUAGGA